AUGACGACAACGCAAGCCAACGGCAACCAGGCCUCGGUCUCUCCUUUCUCCAAGGUCAACGAUGGCGCAUACAUCGACGUUCUCACGUCUCCCGUCGCCAAGGAUCUCAUUGCCAAGUUCACCUCCAGCCUGGCUGCACAGACCAGCGAUUCCUCCACCGGAUCAAAAGAGUCGCUCUCCGAGGAUGAGAUCGCCGUCGGUCUCGCCGCUCUGAACGCAUUUUUGCAGUCAAACGUCACAGGCCCCGUACUGGAAAAUGUCGACGCAGCUGAGAAGCUCUUCACUGAAGCCCUGGCAGCGGCAGACGCCUCUGCGACAGACACCCUCAAGGUCCUGAGGAGGAAGAGCUUCAAGACCCUCGAGGUCGACGGCGUCUCGCCGUAUCCUUACAUCCCCAACAUCGAACUCUUCGCCCUCGCGCGUCACAUCUUCGCCGAGACAUCCUCCGCCAGCGGCGCCCUCAUCACUCUGUCCGACUCCACGCGCAUCAGCCUGCCGUGGACCCGUCUGAGAGUCGACGUCUGGCAUUUCAAGCUCCUCAGUCAGCCCUCCCUCGGCCCAGGAUCCAACUUCGCCAAGGCGUCGCAGUGGAUCGACGUGCCGACGCUCGCGGAGCAGAUCCAGGUUGGCUUGGACGCCGUGCGCAAGCAGAUUCUCGACGAGGACGUGUGGUCGACGAGCGAGAAUGGCUGGUCUCGCGAGGACAAGGUGCAGUUCCUGCUCGAGGCUGCGAACACGCAUAUCAUGCUGGGUCGCGACGAUAAGGCUCGCGAGGCAUUGAAGGAGGCUACGCAGAUCAACAACUUCGCGUACGCGCUUUCUGGUGCGUUGGGUAAGAGGACGAAGUUUCAGGAGAAGAGCACCAGUCAGCUUGUCGUUCUCGCCAAGAGCGAUGUCCCGGCUGAGACUACGGAUGAGGAGGACGAUGCUAAGCCUGAGGCCGUGGCGUUGAACGACGAUACUCUUCUCGAGGAGAUUCAAUUUUCAAAGGAGGCGAGUGGAAAGCAUGGCGAGUUGGCAGCAACAGGAUCAGGUCUUCCUCCAGCCUUGGCUGAUCUCUCCCCCGACGACCAACCGCGUCUGUCCCCUCUCGACCAAAUCAUUCUUCUCACAGAGGCUACUCUCAAGGACACCUUCUCCCCCGUCGACACCCUGACGUCCGAAGAAGUCCUGCCCUAUGCCGUCCGCGUCGUUUCGGAUAAGUCCACCAACUGGCAAAUCUACACCCAAGCCCUCCUCGUCCGCUCCCGCAUCGAGGUCCACCGCAGCAGAACAGUCGAGCGCGGUGUCCUCCAAAUGCAAGCCGUCGUCGACCAAGUCGUCGUCGACACCUCCGAAGCACCAAAGGUCAAGGCCGAAGACGUCGCCGACGUCGACGUCCCCGCCAUCGCAGUCUCCUCGCCAGACGCGCCCGCCGCUCAAGCACCGCAGCCGGAGAAGCCCACCUCCUUCUUCCCGGCCGCCAAGGACACCGAGACCGCCCCCGCAAACGUCCGUCUGCAGUACAUCCACGCCCUCUCCUCCCCGCCCCGCUGGCAUCUCGAGUCCGAGCUCGCGUACUCCUGGGCCGGCGUCGGCUCCCUCGUCUCCGCGCUCGAGAUCUUCAAGCGUCUGCGGCUGUGGGCCGAAGUCGCGCUCUGCCUCGCCAGCAGCGCCUCCUCGGAAGACGAGGACGGCCGCGGCAGCGGCGGCGAGCAGAAGGCCCGCGCCAUCGUCCGCUGGAGACUCUUCCACAAGACGGGCGCCCCCGUCGUCGAGAACGCCGAUCCCGACGCCGAGGACCUCGACGGGGACGUCACGUACCUCAAGCCGGCCGAUUUCUCGGGUCCCGAACGCGUGCCGCCGCCGCCCAACGCGCCGAGGUUGUUCUGCAUCCUCGGCGACUUGGAGAACGACCCCCAGCACUGGGAGCGCGCGUGGGAGAUUUCGAAGCACAGGUUCGCGAGGGCGCAGAAGUCCCUGGGCGAGCACUGGUUGGCGCAGAAGGACUGGAACAAGGCUCUGGAGGCGUAUCAGGCGGCGACGAAGUGUAAUCGUCUCAGUCCCGAGCUCUGGGGCAGGCUGGGCGAUAUCAACCUGCGCAUGGGCAACUUCCCUGACGCCGCCGAGGCGUACAGCCGUGCCAUCGGCGCCGCGGGAGAGGUUGUGGGCGGAGAGGAUGCAAGGACGUGGAGUAACCUCGGCUCGUCGCUUUGGAGUAUGUAUCUCGAGACGGUGGAAGACGUGAAGAAGAAGCUUCUCGACGAGAAGAACAAGAAGGGAGACGAUGAGGAAAAAGAGGAUGACGAGGAGCCGACACAGCAGGAGACGGACCUCAAGGACCCCGCGGCUCUGUUGUCACAGGCCUUGGCAGCGUAUAAGCGCGGCGCGACGAUUGCGCAGGAUAACUGGCGGAUCUGGGAUAACGUCCUCACUCUUGCUUCGAGGAUGAGGCCGGUGGCCGUGCUGGAUAUGGUGUUGGCUCUGAGGGCCAUCAUCAGGAUCCGCAAGAGCGAGGCCGCCCUCGAUGACGAUGUCUUGAGAGCUCUGCUCCAGGAGUCAUUGUUGACGAAGGAGAAGGUGGAGGAUACCAAGGAGGGCAUAUACACGCCCCCUCGCGGCACCGUGGAGAAGGCCGUCGUCGCGCUGUUUGAGGAGAUCGUGGUACCGCUUAUCACCACUCGCUCCGAACUCUGGGAGUUGAUCGUCAAAUUGAGGGUCUGGAGGAGGGAUUACGCCGGGGCUGUGGAUGCCGCGGAGAAGGCGUGGCGUGCUGCCAUGGGCGCUGGUGCGGGUGGCGGACUUCUUCCGUCAUCGGCCGGUUCUGGGGGCACCGAUCAGAGCAAGAACUGGCUCGUCGACGCGGGCGCUUGGAAGGAGGUUGUCGCGAGGACCGAUGAGCUCGUCAGUGUCCUCGAGAACUUUGGAUCUGAGGUCGAGAGCGUCGGAAGCAAGUGGCGAGGCAAGGCAAGGAAUGCGGUACGGAGUGUCAUGAGCAGGGGCAAGGAGAGCUGGGAAGGAAGCGAGGAGUGGGCUGUUUUGGAGGGUUUGAUGGAGGGUUUGAAGUUGUAG